AUGCGUAAAGAUCCAAUCUCACUGGACAAAGGCGGAUAUAAAGUUAUUGAAAUAUUGUGCAUAUCCAAACCUCUACUUUCUUUAAAAGCAGGAACAGAACAUACAGAGGGCAUGCAUAAGGCACUGGUUCAGAACGAGUCUGGAUACAAGGUUGUUUAUUUCAUCGACCCAAUAGAUUUCGGAGCCGGCAGUAAAAUAUUUCUGAAAGAGAACACGAGCUCUAUAUUGCUUAGAAACACAAAUUACAUUGUGACAUUCAAGAAAAACUAUAGAACAAACACUGCACUGAUCGGAAAAUUACUGCUCAGGAAUGAUGGAACUGCCCAAGGAGUAAAACCAUGA